CGACAAAUUCUGCAGCCCAUCUAUCGCCCAUUGGCACUGCUGAUUCAUCCAAGAUGCCGUCGCCUUCUGCGAGACAGCUUCGGGUGACCAUCGUCAAGGGAGACUGCAGCCCUACCACCAUCCCGCCUCCCAAGCCGCCGCACAACACAUACGUCGCCAUCAAGUGCGGCGAGCAGCGGCAGACCACCACACUCGCGCCAACCGGCAAGGUGUGUGAAUGGAACGAAUCGUUCUUCUUCGAUUAUCCGCCUGCCGAGGAUGGCCGGAUGUGGCGACUGUCGUUUCUGGGCAUGACGAGGGGGCCUGACGGGAAAGAAGUGUGUAUUGGCAGAGACGGGCUGACCUAUGAGCCGCAGAGCGAAGGCCCCACCAGGGCAGAGAUUGUCACGCUGAUGAAUGAGGUGAGGGGAAAAGCCCCCUCUGUCUGAUCUAUCUGUGUGUUUAUUUGUGGGCAUGCCAUGCAGUCAGGGGAGAUCAGUGGCCGUCUUGAGGUUGAGUACGGUCUCGUCAACCCGUCGGAAUGGGAGGCGGACAUUCCUCCCGUCGACGAGACCGCCACCCUUGAAGAGGCCCUCGCAGCCGGCAAAGCUUACGCACGUACGUAUAUAGCUGCCACAAACCUUGCUUACUCAUCAUUGUGUUGCAUACACUGGUUGCAGAGCGUCACCGGGGCGCUUCAUCUCAGAACGAUCCCGAAGUCCCUUCCUCGCCGCCCCCCGUCCACAGUGAAGACGCCCAUGAAUACAGGGACACGGCAGAUGAGUCACAAGCAUUGUCCAACCCCAAGGCGGUGGCGCAGCGUGCGAUAGCUGCCGUGACCGACUACAUCGCCAUGCAGAACGCCCAGGCGAUGGAGCAGGAGCAGAUCGAGGAGCUGCUCAAGUCACCGAGGACAAAGACGGCCUGCAAGAGGCUCGGCUUCAAACCGGUCGAUCUCAGACCGAAAAAGUAGAAAAGGAUCGAAAACACAGACCACUGCUGCCAUGCACUAGUACGAUUUCCCUUUAAGCAGGCUGGAGGAUUUCUUUGUGCGUGGCGAGGCCGAGGAGAAACAGCAGGUGCGGUUCGAGUAUGCCGAAAGAAAGCGGCAGCAGCGGCUCAACCAGGUGCUGGACGAGCGUGACAAGCUGCUCGAAGACCCCAUGGCCGCCACAACAUACUCACAGGAGGAGGGCGGGGAUGCGCGGCUGGCCGAGUCGAUGACCAUGAGCUUCCUGCACCAUCAGUCACAGGGCUCUGAUACCCUCACCAGCCAGCAGCUGUCCUCGCUCAACGCCAUCGAGCAGCUCAUGGACAGGUGGGUGUGGUGUGCUCGCCGAAUCAGUGAGCGUGUCGUGAGACACAAGGGCUGUCUUUUAUGUCAGGGAGGCGAGGCGGCUCGAGCAGGAGCUGAGGCGGGAGCUGCGAUAUCACUCGAUGAUCGAGCAGGAGAACCAGAGCCAGGUGACUGACUGUGGGAGGGAAAGAGGAGGCACAACAGCUCAUUUGCAGCAUUCUUCCUUCCUUUCCUUCGUGUGUCGUGCAUGCCAUGCAGUUGGUGCGUGAGAAGGAGUUGCAGGACAGAUUGGCGCGGAUCGCAGAGAAGCAGGCCAGGUCGAGGGAACACAUCGCACUCAAAGCACAACGGGUAACCAACCACCCAUUCAUCCGGCCAGCCAGAUGAGUGUCGCAUCGACUCCAUCGACCGUCUGUUUCUUCGUUUAUCUUGGUUCACACACAGGUCAAGGAUGCCGAGAGCGCCAGGAAGGAGCGAAGUGCUGAGUUGCAGGCACAGCUCAGCGAGUCCUUCAAACGCAAACAGCAGGAGCAAGAAGAGGUAGGUCAGUGAGUGAACUAGUGUGCGAUUCGACAUCAUCAUCCCACCGCUCCCUCCGUCUCUCUGCACACAAUGGCAGCGUCAGUAUGAGUCUGAGCAGCGUAUGGAGCAGCUGCAGCAGAGCCGUGUGUCGUACUCCACCCUCCAGUCGGACCUCUGGCGCGCCAAGCGGCAGGACAUGCUGAGGCGGCAGGAGGAGGCGGCCGUCGACAGGGCCAUUCGCGGCGAGCAGUACAUCGGCAGGUACCAGGCGCGGGUGUCCACCUUCGAGCAGAGGAAGGCCAUGCACGACAGGCAGAAGAAAAUGCUCAACGCCACACAAGAGAUCAGGUACACACAAACACACAGACUCACAGAGAGAGACACAUAUAUUGCCCAUUGGUGUGCGCACGUGUGUGUCUGCAGGUACUUGGAGCAGCAGGAGCGGCUGUCGAAGCUCAAAGAGGAUGCCAAGCGGCGGCGGGACAGCCUGAUGGCAAAGAUCAAGGCCAGGGAGGAGCAGAUUGAGACACUCGAGAUGCUCAAGAGCCAAAUCAUCAUGCAAAGGAAGGCCCGCAGCAUCCAACAGGCCGCCCUGCGGUCGACAGGCAUCAGCCUCAAAAAGAUGGGCCCAGGGCCUUACCUUGGGCCGCACUCGGUAUGUAUGUAUGUGUUCAAGGAAACAAACGCCAGCGCACAUUGAUCGAUAUAUGCACGUUCGAUCGUCUGUCGGUUGCUGGCUGGGUCAGAUAUCGAGCCUGGGCGAGCAGAGAGCGCCCAAGAUAGCCACGACAUCGGUAUGCGCCGCGCCCCAAUGGCGAGACACCACAUGAGCUGUGUGCAUGUUUUUCUUUGAUUUGAUCGGUACCAGCCUCCCAGCUUUAUCGAUGUGGUCCAAAAGAUGAAGCGGGACGUGCCCGCACCUGGCAUAUACAACGUGACGGUACGUACGGUACCUGUGUACGAACACACGGUCAGACAGAAAAAAAGCGCAGCUCAGCCCGUCUGUCUGUCUGUCUCCGUGACAUGGCAUCCAUGUCAGGUGUCGACAAAGGGCGCUAAGUCGUGGGGCGAGGGUCCGCGGGCGGUGAUGCCCAAGGCAACCGGCAUGACCUUCUCCGACCAGGCAGCUAGAAUCGCAAAGAGCAUUCCGGGGCCGGGCACAUACAAAGCGUGAGACGCCGGCCACUCACCCACCCACAAACACGCACAAUAAGAGAGACACGAUGGCAGCAGAGUUGUCCCUGCCUGUGUGUGCGGUUCGAUUCGAUUCAGCCCGUCGACCACACUGGCUGGCUUGUCGCCUGUCAAGCUGAGCCCCGAGUAUUUUCCCCAGAAGAACCCCGAGAAGCAGCUCAAAGACACGCGAUCCACCGCCAGACUACAGGUAAGCAAAUGUAAGCAAAUGUGGCCACUCAGAUCACGGAUGGAUGGAUGGAUGGGUGGGUGGAUGAGUGCAUUCAUCUGUCUGUGGUUUUGUGUCUGUGCAGAAGUCGGAGGACCCCGGCCCCGGUUCGUAUUCGACGGAUGGGUACAUCAAGGCUGCGGGGAGGAUGAAGACCAACCAGUCCCUCCCGCUGCUCAAGAAAGCCAUGCAACUCAUAUGACAGCCAACCGGUUUCCCUCGGUCCGUCCUGCUGUCAAGCCGUCAGUGUGCUGCACUGUAUGUGUGUAUGUGUUUGUGUGUCGAGCAGACAUUCGCUUUGCUGGGGGACUCGUGGUGUGUGUGUGUUGAAGAAGAGAGAAAUGUGAUGGUGCAGUGCCUGCGACUCACUGGCUCCAUAUCCCAUCGCACAGUGAUGAUGAUACAUGGAUCGAUCUGUCUGUAGAUGGGAUGGGUGCACUGCACUGCACGACUGAAUGAAUGGAUGAAUCAUAUAAUGAAAUAAAUGACCGGUGGGUGGGUGCGGGGAA